AUCCAGCUACGGUCCCACUUUCUAUUAGGCCAUCCGCGUGCUCUGUUUAUAAUUUAGAAUUUGCUAGUUUUGCAAAAUAAGAAUGGACGACGAGGCAGAAACGUACAAGCUGUGGCGCAUUCGUAAAACCAUCAUGCAGCUGAGCCACGACCGCGGUUACCUGGUGACCCAGGACGAGCUGGACCAGACUUUGGAACAGUUCAAGGAGAUGUUCGGCGACAAGCCCAGCGAAAAGCGACCGGCGCGCUCCGAUUUAAUUGUUCUGGUGGCCCACAACGACGAUCCCACUGACCAGAUGUUCGUCUUCUUCCCCGAGGAGCCCAAGAUCGGCAUCAAGACCAUCAAGACGUACUGCACCCGCAUGCAGGAGGAGAAUAUACACCGGGCCAUCGUGGUUGUGCAGGGCGGAAUGACGCCCUCCGCCAAGCAAUCCCUCGUCGACAUGGCCCCCAAAUACAUUCUCGAGCAGUUCCUCGAAUCGGAGCUGCUGAUCAACAUCACGGAGCACGAACUGGUCCCGGAGCACGUAGUCAUGACCGUCGAGGAGAAGCAGGAGCUGCUCAGUCGUUACAAGCUAAAAGAGAACAUGCUGAUGCGCAUCCAGGCGGGCGAUCCGGUGGCCCGCUACUUCGGGCUCAAGCGCGGCCAGGUGGUCAAGAUCAUCCGUUCCUCGGAGACGGCCGGUCGGUAUAUCUCCUACCGAUUGGUGUGCUGAGAAUACCACAGACUCCGCGAGGAUAUCCGAUCUAAAUAAAUAGCUUAAGAACUCUAUGAAUUAAGGAAGGGACAGCGAGUUUUAUACGUCAAUAAAUCGCAAUCUUUUCGAA